AUGGUGGGGCAGCUGGCCGCCCGGCGCGCGGCGGGCGUGGUGCUGGGAAUCCGGGAGGAAAGAUGGCGGGCGCAGGCUGAUCGGGGGCCAGCGGGCACGGCAAAGGCCACGCCAUGGGCAUGGCCCAGGCCCUGGGACCCUGCCCUACCCUUGCCGGGCGAAUCCUCUCUGGAGAUGAGCAAGACGGAAGCCCUGACCCAGGCCUUCCGCAGGUCCAUCGGGGUUCGGAUAAAGGAGGAGACGGAAAUCAUUGAAGGGGAGGUGGUGGAGAUCCAGAUCGACCGGCCCGCUACAGGCACUGGCUCCAAGGUGGGGAAGUUGACCCUGAAGACCACAGAGAUGGAGACCAUCUAUGAUCUGGGCACCAAGAUGAUCGAGUCCCUCACCAAGGAGAAGGUCCAAGCAGGAGACGUCAUCACCAUCGACAAGGCCACGGGGAAGAUAUCAAAGCUGGGCCCCCUUCCCCUCUGGGUCCCUCUGAAACUUGCCCACCCCUCCCGAACCAAGCCGUUUCCAGGUCCAGACGGGGAGCUUCAGAAGAGGAAGGAGGUUGUGCACACGGUUUCUCUCCACGAGAUCGACGUCAUCAACUCCCGCACGCAGGGCUUCUUGGCCCUCUUUUCGGGUGACACUGGGGAGAUCAAGUCGGAGGUGCGGGAGCAGAUCAAUGCCAAGGUGGCCGAGUGGCGAGAGGAGGGCAAAGCGGAGAUCAUCCCGGGGGUGCUCUUCAUAGACGAGGUCCACAUGCUCGACAUCGAGAGCUUCUCCUUCCUCAACCGGGCUCUGGAGAGUGACAUGGCCCCCGUGCUCAUCAUGGCCACCAACAGAGGCAUCACUAGGAUCCGAGGCACCAGCUACCAGAGCCCCCACGGGAUCCCCAUCGACCUGCUGGACCGGCUGCUCAUCGUCUCUACCACUCCUUACAGUGAGAAGGACACGAAGCAGAUUCUCCGGAUCCGGUGUGAGGAGGAAGACGUGGAGAUGAGCGAAGACGCUUACACGGUGCUGACGCGGAUCGGGCUGGAGACCUCUCUGCGCUACGCCAUCCAGCUGAUCACGGCUGCCAGCCUGGUGUGCCGCAAGCGCAAGGGCACCGAGGUACAGGUGGAUGACAUUAAGCGGGUGUACUCUCUCUUCCUGGACGAGUCCCGGUCCACGCAGUACAUGAAGGAGUACCAGGACGCUUUUCUCUUCAACGAGCUGAAAGGCGAGACCAUGGAUACCUCCUGAGGCUCCUCGACAGACGCCCCGAUUCCCUCCCGCUUCCCCCCACUUUUCUACCUGAGUUGUGACAUUUGGACUUUCUAUAAAACCGUUCUGGAAGCUUC